AUGUCGGCGGCGCGCCUCGUCCAAGUACUGGCCAUCGCCAUCUUCGCCGCGGUGGUGGCGAGCGACACCUGCGACGGAGCGUGUCCCGCGUCAGCCGAGAUCGAGCACAUCAACCCGCCAUCCCUUUUCAACGGAACCGACUUCGGCUUCGCGCAAAUAGUGACGGCUACCAACGUGAGGAAGAAAAUAUGGAUUUCGGGCCAGACGAGCCAGGACACGGUUCCCAACGUCCUCGGCAGGACUCUUGACGAGCAGGCCGACGGAGCAAUAGCAAACGUGAAGAGAGCCCUGGAGGCGGUGGGUGCCACGGUGGAUGACAUCGUGCACCAGCAGAUCUUCAUUGCCAACUACAAUCCCGACACAGACAUCCCAAUCGUCGGGAAGGUUACCAAUGCAUUCAAGACCUCCAACGGGAAUUUCCCCUCGGCCGAGCUCAUAGGGGUGCAGUCGCUGUUCACAAGGGAGCUUCUCAUCGAGAUAUACACCGAAGCUGUGCUGCCAUGA